ACCCUGCGCGGCUUCCGUCUCAGAUGACGCUGCGGUGGGAGAGCUCGCGCCCUUCAGUGUGUUCGCUGCCGCCCCGUUAGCGCUGGCUGCCUUUAAUCCGCGCGGACAAUGAGGCGGAGCCUCCUCUCCGCUUCCUGACCUCCGCAACGCCGCUCAAUGCAGCUCCGCACCUCCAGACCAUAAUGGACGCGAGCGACAACAAGCGGAGGAUUCGUCUCGUCCUGUGCUGUAGGAUGUGAAGUUGUCGGCUGAAGUCGAGCCAUUUAUUCCACAGAAGAAAGGUGUUGACUCUGCCCUUUUGAGCAUGAACCUAUCAGGAGACAGCGUGGGAGCCAUGGGGGCAGAGCCAACCCCAAUCCCCUCCUACCUCAUCACCUGCUAUCCAUUCGUACAGGAGAACCAGCCCAACAGGCAGUUGCCGAUGUAUAAUGGAGAGGUGCGCUGGCAGCAGCAGUGUAGUUCUGCUCCGUAUGUGGCGUACUCCUUCGUCUCCUCGCCCCCUCAGCCUGCCGCAGUGUGUAAUGAUUACUCUUACUGCCCCCUGCUGCCGCCCCCCUGCCCUACACUCAUGGGCUUCUACCAGCCCCUCACUGCCCCCUACGCCCCGCCCCUGCCCUCCGGCCUGGGAAACUCCGUAUCGGAGACCUGUCUCAGACCCCCACAGCCACAGGGCCAGCCGGUCAGCAUGGGUGCACAGAGAGGGAGAGGCGGGGCCAGAGCACCUGUCCUGCCCAAGCAGAUGGCCCAGCCGGUGAGAGUGAAGCGGCCAGUGAUGCGCAGCGUGGCGGUGCAGAAGGAGGUGGCAGCUGCAGGGCCUGAUGGGAAAUCGCGUACUGUACUGCUGGUGGACGCUGCUCAGCAAACAGACUUCCCUGGAGAGGCAUGCAGCAGCAGGUGUGUGUCAGACAGAGUGAGUCCUCUGCAAUUCAGAGGGAAGGUGAGACGCAGACGCUUGUCUCAGACGGCCGAGUCGUCCAGUGAGCAGGGAACAAGCGAGGCCGACAUCGACAGUGACAGCGGCUACUGCAGCCCCAAACACACACUGGGUGUUGAAGCUGGAGUCAUGACUGCCGUUAGUUGGGUGAGCCCUUCCUCUGUGGCUCCUCAGAAGCCCUGGAGCGACCGCAGCUCGUCCUUCCACAGGAACAAAAUUGCGGAGCAGAGGAGUUACUCUCAGGAGCUCCAGGUGGGCUUUAACGGCCGUGUUGGAGGUGUCGGUGCUCAGAGGAGACUGCAACAGGGUGGAGUUCAGCCUGAACCUGAACCCCUGUACUUCCAGGAUGAGGAUGAGUUUCCUGACCUGGCCACAGGGGGCGCUGUGCAGCGCAACAAACCUGAACAAGUCCAGCUCAAACUGCCCAAACCACUGCUGGAUAAUCUUCCAGAGAAUUCCCCCAUCCACAUUGUUCAGACUCCCAUUCCCAUCACCACCUCAGUGCCCAAACGAGCCAAGAGUCAGAGGAAGAAAGCUCUGGCAGCGGCUCUGGCUACAGCGCAGGAGUACUGCGAGAUCAGCAUGGAGCAGAGGAAGCUGCAGGAGGCUCUCACUAAAGCAGCAGGGAAGAAAAGCCGAACUCCAGUCCAGCUGGAUCUGGGGGACAUGCUCGCUGCCCUGGAGAAACAACAACAGGCCAUGAAGGCACGGCAGCUCAAUAACACCAAACCCCUUUCAUACACAGUGGGUACAACCUCAGUGUUCCACAGUAAGGAUGGAGUGAGUAAGGGUGUGAUGAAAUCGUACACUCCCCCCCACAAUAUGCUCGACUCCACAGCACCCAGAAUCAAGAGGGGUAAAGAGAGAGAAGUGCCUAAAGUGAAGAGACCUACUGCACUCAAGAAGGUGAUCCUGAAGGAGCGUGAGGUGAAGGCGAAGCUGUGUGUGAAGGAGCAGCCAGAUGAUGAGCUUCACUUCACUGACACACACACGCAGGAGACGGUCUCCCAAGAGGAGAAUGCUCUGAGCAUGCCCAGUGACACCUCCCUGUCUCCAGCGAGUCAGAAUUCUCCAUACAGCAUCACUCCGGUGUCACAGGGUUCUCCAGCCAGCUCAGGCAUCGGCAGUCCCAUGGCCUCGUCCACCAUCACCAAGAUUCACAGCAGGAGGUUCAGAGAGUACUGUAACCAGGUGCUGAAUAAGGAGAUUGAUGAGAGCGUCACCCUGCUGCUGCAGGAGCUCGUGCGUUUUCAGGAGCGAGUGUAUCAGAAGGAGCCCGCAAAAGCUAAAGCUAAGCGCCGCCUGGUCAUGGGAUUGCGUGAGGUCACCAAGCACAUGAAACUCAACAAGAUACGAUGUGUGAUCAUCUCGCCAAACUGCGAGAAGAUCCAGGCCAAAGGUGGUCUGGAUGAGGCUCUGUAUAACGUGAUCGCGAUGGCCCGUGAGCAGGAGAUCCCGUUCGUUUUUGCUCUGGGGCGGAAAGCUCUCGGCCGCUGCGUUAACAAACUCGUCCCAGUCAGCGUGGUUGGAAUCUUUAACUACUCUGGAGCUGAGGCUCUGUUUAACCGCCUGGUGUCUCUGACGGAGGAGGCGCGCAGGGCGUAUAAGGAGAUGGUGUGUGCUCUGGAGCAGGAGCAGGCUGAGGAAGCUCUGAAGAACGUUAAGAAGGUUCCACACCAUAUGGGCCACUCGCGCAAUCCAUCAGCUGCCUCAGCCAUCUCUUUCUGCAGCGUCAUCUCAGAACCCAUCUCUGAGGUCAACGAGAAGGAGUACGAGACCAACUGGAGGACGAUGGUGGAGAACUCUGAUGCUCUGGAACCCCUGGAGAACGAGUUUAACAGAACGAGCAUGAAUAAAGAUUUAGAGGGAAGCACAGAUGGAGCACCGGCCACGCCCCAAACCACCUCGUCCUCCCUGCCCUGUAAGGAGGAAGGGCGCAUGGAGGACGGAUUGGAGCGUGCCUCUCAGCAGAGCACGGAGACGGGCUCUCUGGACGGGAGCUGCAGGGGUCCCACCACUGCGUACUCCUCAAUCACCAGCGCCAGCAGCAUCACGCUGGUCCCCGGGGCGCUGGGUGAGGACGAGGAAGAUGACGAGGAGGACGAGGAGGAUGAGGAGGAUGACUACACGCCCGAACCUAUCCUGGUGGAGGUGUCUCCUCUGAGCAGCAUGAUUGAGACGUGGGUGAGCACCACACUGGAGAACCUGCAGCUCUCCGGGAAAACACCUGGUGAGGAGGGGGAGGGGCCGGGGGAGGGGCAAGAGGAGGAAGAGGAGGAGGAAGAUAUCAGAGGAGUGAGUGAUGAAGAUGAUGAACUUGGGGCUUCUGUGGAGGAUAAGCAGAUUGAGGAAAAACUCUGAAAUGCUCUCUCUCUCUCUCUCUCUCUCUCUCUCUCUGCUAUAUCACUCAUAACAAUCUCAGGAAACUAACAGGGAUGGACCACACACACUUCCUGUAGUCAUGCAGCCACACACACAGAGCUCCAUCCGUCCGUACUUGAACAAAUUACACUCCUUAUUACUUGCUGUGUGUGUGGCUGAUGAUUCUGGACACACACACACACACACACACACACACACACACACACACACACAGUCUGCUCACACCUUAAGGAAUUCGCUAACAGCUUUUUUUUUUUUUCUUUAAUUUAUUCACUGAUGUUCAUGACAAGAAUCAAUGAAGGCAUUUAUUAUUAUUAUUAUUAUUAUUAUUGAAUUAUUUCAAGCUAGACACACAAAUCCUUACAGAUUGUGAUGUAUUAAAAAUGCUCAACUCUGAUUGGUUGCUCAGUGGGACUCUCUCGUCUCUCACUGGUUAAUAUCGUCACUGUUUUGUGAUGGUUGUGUAAUUCGUCAUUGUGCAUUAAUUCAUGCCCGUGUGUGCGUUUUGCACUAAUCCGAACAAGCGGAUCGAUCUGUAAAUAGCGUGUAAAGGAUGUUUCUAAUAAACGAUUCGCUUCUUAUUUAUCGUGUUUAAAUAAUGACGGAACAAAAUUGAGGCUUUUUUUUUUAUUAUUAAUUAAUUAGUUUUGUCUGUGUUUUUGUUUUAAAUCCUGUGUGCUUUCUUUCCUUCUCUGGACAUGUGCCGAUAAAUCACGAUAAUCACGCUAUAACUAAUCGCUUUUUAAAUGCAGGGAGCUCUUUUGAAUAACAGUUAAUUUAACUCGUUCUGUACAUUACCUGCGAUGUCGUCGUGCUGGAUAAGUUUUAUCAACCAAUCACAAAUCAGUUCCUCUGUUUAUUCACUGUUGUGCUUAGCAAGUAGGUAAUAAUUAGUCUGUUUGUUUGCUAGCAUAGUUAGUUGGGUAUGUAGGUCAAAUAGCUGCGGUUAACUAAAGAUGUUAGCUACACGUAACCAUGGCAACGAUCAGCAUCAAUCUACGGUGUCUUAUUUCAGCAAUGCUCACUUACUAGGCAGCCUAUCAGGUGGAAUGUUUGAAGCGUCCAUGCUAACAGUGUUGAGUAGCGUAGCGUAUCGUGUGAGUGAUAAUCGGCACAUGCCUGCUGUGGUGAUGAUUACUGAUCUGUACAGGUCACCUGAGUUCAGGUGGGUGUGUCUUUCCGGUUUCAGUUAGCUGUAGGCUUGUUUUGUGUUGUUUUGUUCCUCUGUACUUCCUUUUAAAGUAAGUGUUCUAGUGGCUGUAGAUCAUUAAACACCUUUCAGGAAAUUAAAAAAAAAAAUCUACCUUCAGGUCUGAAAGUCUGAGUCCCCAACCAAGAACUGUUUAUAUUCUGUUCUGUAAUGAAUCACUCCGAGUGUCAGCCUGUUGGUGACUCCUCAGCUGAUUCACAGAUUGCUCCGAGUCCAACUGAAUCAUCUGAGGAGUGAAUUUAAACUCGACUCCUGGAGUGAUUCAGUUUGAUUUAAAACUGAAUUCUUAAGCGAUUCACUGUAAAUGACUCACUGCCUAAAUGAUUCACAUGUGCACUCCUUGAGUAAUUUACACGUCUAAACGCGAUUCUUCUGAUUCACUUACUUUCGUAAACGAUUCUUUUACUGAUUCAUUCAUGUUUAAGAGAGAUUUCCAAUUUUAUCUGAAUGCACUCACACUGGUGAACGACUCCUCGAUAGAUUCUAACACUGAGUAAAGACUCUUCAGGGGAUCCACUCACACUGACAAAUGACUCCUUGUGUGUUUUGAUCGAAUUCAAAACUGUCCAUCAGUGCUUCAUGUACAUUUUUAAACAAUUCCAUGAGUGAUUCACUUACACAUUCAUUUACUGACGUAGUAAUGAGAGCGCUGGGGAACACACACACACUCUUCAGGCGAAUUGUUUAGUGUGGAGUCGUUACAGAUGGAGUAAAGACACUGAGGCAGAAACAUCUGUAUUAUUAUUGAUGAUGGUUCAUGGUAGUGACUCAGACUUUAGGGCCAGAACCAGAUGAAGGAAUCAUGAAGUUAUUAGGCUUUUAUGUGUAAAUACACUGAGGUGUGUGUGUGUGUGUGUGGGGGGGGGGGGGGGGUUAACACUCCCCUCUCACCCUAUCUUUACUUUUCUCCUUUUUCCUCUCACUCUGUCUAGUUUUUACAUUUUCUUUUCCUCUCCUUCGAGAUAGUGUGCUCUCUCUCUCUCUCCCCCCCCCCCCCGUACUGUAUCUGAUGUAAUUCCUGUAGGAUGUUCUUGUCUUCACUCGCUUGUUUGUUGUCUUUCAGCUUUAUUUGGUUCUCUCUCUCACACACCUCAAACUAUUUAUAAUGUGUGUACUCAUGCCAUUUGCACUAUGUAAAUAUCACAGAUUGUGGUGUUCAUGUGACACGGUGAUAUGAAGGAUUUCUGUCGUGAUGCUUGUCGUUCUGCAGGAGCCUCUCACUCUCUCUCACUCACUCACUCUUUAAUGUGCUCUUUAUGAAAUCUGACCAAUUAACACCAUUAAAUUCUUGUAAUGAAAACUA